AGUACUGAUAUUAAAGGUGUGUGCCACUGUGCCAUCUUUAUGCUAACCGCAAUGGCCUUAUUCUCACACUGAAUAAGUCACAUGUUUGCCAUGCAUGGGUACUAUCCAUCACUUAGAUCAUUCACUGUGAGCCAGAAACAUGUCACUGAAGAAAGAGGGUCUAUUGUGUAGAGAAUUUUAGGUCCGUAUAAAUGCCAUGAAGGAAAAAAAGAGGGAAGAAGACAUCCUAGAAAAUAAUGAAGCUCAGGUUUUUCAGGAGGAAGAACAUCCAGGGCAGAGAUCCCGAGGCACAGAGGAACUUCUUUGUUGAAUAACUCAAGUGACCCGGGCAAGGUGGCCGCAGUUCCUGAGCAGCAUUUGGGGCUUUGGAGUGUUCUCUUCCUGUAGCGCAGAAGUGGUAGAGCCAGGGAGUGAGAAUGGGUUAGAUUUUUAGCAUUUGUUCAAAUGUUAUUGUACAGAGAGCCACCUAGGCCGGAGAUACUGAUUGACCCUAAGUCCUUCUCCAUCAGUGCAGCUAUCCUCAAAGGAACACUGUAGAGGUCUCAGACCUACUGGAGAGACCCACAGCCAGCACUUCACAGAGUUCUGGGGAUCUGUCAGCGAUUUGUGCCUCCGGGUCCCAUGCCUGGUAUUCAGAAGCACAGUUCCACAGUCUGCCAUCAACCCCAAAGGGCAAAUGUUAUUUCUGUUCUAUUUUCCCUGCUUCUAGACACAUUCAGAAAGUGCACUGGGGUUUCUAAAGUGUUUCCUUUUGACCACAAAACAAGGUACCCAGGAGUGCAAGGUACCCAGCAUGCAAAGUGCCCAUCACGGGAUGUGAUGGUGUCUGAAACAAGAUACGUGCACAUUAGGUUCCUGGUUCAGGGUUGUUACAGUGACAGGAUAGUACCUCUGACCUUUGACUUGUCAUCUGCUCUCAACAGAAAAAGAGAAACCAGUAAUAUAUAUUUCAGAGAAUUUGUUGAAGCUUUUCUUGCAACCUGGCUCAGGCCAGGCACUUAAUGCACUCUGGAGAGGUUGGCAAAAAUCAAAACAACAAUAGCAACAAGAAAACAAACAAACAAAAAACAUAUAACGGGCGUGUAGACUGGCUUUUGGUUUUGUUUUUUGUUUUUUCUUUUUGUUUUGCUCUGACAUCAAAUCCAGGACCUCAGCAUGCUCACUCAGCCUGUGCUCUGCUCUUAGCCCUGGGCUGUCAGCAUUGCCAAGUCCCACUGACACCUUCAACACUGGGGCUUGUCCAGUUUGGACUUGUUUGUGAAAAUUACUGGCAAGCCCAUGAGGGAGCAUUCGACUCCUGCACUUUACAGACAGGAAGUGGGCUUUGGAGAAAUGAUGUGGUUUGGAUUAGUCUUGCCCAUAGGAGGAGUCAGAGACGGAUCUGAAAGUGGGUGUAUAUGACUCUUCAGAGACCAUGACAGUAGCCAGGUGAGGUAACCGAUAUAGGCCAUCCCAUCUGAAGCCUAGGGUGGGAGUAGGGAAGUCCCUGGGUGGUUUUUCAAACCUUUGGAUGUCAAGAGUUUAUUCAACUCUUUAUAUGAACAUUUGAUAUGGUUAUUGCUGAAGCUCCAAAUUGAUGAGGCAAUUGGCCCAAACACCAGCACUGAAACCAGUUGGCAAUCCAGGCUUUGUCAUUUGAUGCUGAUUUAGACAAAGCUCUGCCUCCAGGCCCACAGCCUGUGUGCGUGAACUGUCCCAACAUAUACCGAGGAGCUAGAAAUGGUUCCUUCCCACGCAGCUAGCUCCAAUUUUCUUUAAUGGCCGGUAUGUGGGUGGGGCUUCUUCGGCCAAGUGAAAUGUAUGUUAAAGAGACACAUUCUUGCUGGGAUUUUUGGUGUCCAUAUCCGCGUUUCCUAAAACUCCGCCCACAGUGCAUUUGCAUAGCAGUUAGAAAAACCAGUAUUUUCUAUCUGUGCGUGAAUCACACUCCCAGUCCUGAGCCUGCCUGUCUCUUUGUCUGUUUGUCUGUCUGUCUGUGGGUUGUGGCGGGCCAGCUAGCUGGAAGAAUGGACUAGACUACAGUCCAGCUGCACUUGGAAAGGGCAGGACCUGUCACUCAUGGGCCGGACCCUUUUCUGCUCAGAGAACUCUCAGGUCUGGCUGAUGGCAGCAGCUGGCCCUGGACAUGGAGUCUUCAGCCUGCUCUCCACGGGAAAGGCCAAGGAGGGAAACAGGCCUGGGUUAUUUCUGCUGUCGGGGGUCCCACGAUGAAACAAGCAGGAGACAGACAAAAAGCCCCAAGCUAUCCCACAGUCCUCAACCUCCCAAUCUGGGGGAUCCGCUCGAGCAUUUGUCAGAGACAUCUGGUGACUCUUUGGAAGCCAUGUCUGAGGGGGAAGUACCAAGUCCUUUCGCUAGAGGAAGUCGGACUCGAGCGAGCCUUCCCGUGGUGAGGUCGACCAACCAAACGAAAGAAAGAUCCCUGGGUGUUCUCUACCUCCAGUACGGAGAUGAAACCAAACAGCUGCAGAUGCCGAAUGAAAUCACAAGCGCAGACACGAUCCGUGCUCUCUUUGUAAGUGCCUUUCCACAGCAGCUCACCAUGAAAAUGCUGGAGUCGCCUAGUGUUGCCAUCUACAUCAAAGACGAAAGCAGAAAUGUCUAUUAUGAGUUAAAUGAUGUGAGGAAUAUCCAAGACAGAUCCCUUCUCAAAGUAUACAACAAGGAUCCUUCACAUGCCUUUAACCACAUGGCCAAAGCUGUGAACGGAGACAUGAGGAUGCAGAGAGAAAUUAUUUAUGCAAGAGGAGAUGGCCUUGUAGCCCCCAGACCGGGAUCCACGGCUCACCCACCCCAUGCAAUUCCAAACUCGCCACCAUCCACUCCAGUGCCCCAUUCCUUGCCUCCUUCCCCAUCCAGAAUUCCUUACGGGGGCAGCCGACCCAUGGCUAUUCCUGGCAAUGCCACCAUCCCCAGGGACAGAUUGUCUAGCCUGCCAGUCUCCAGAUCCAUCUCCCCAAGCCCGAGCGCCAUUUUGGAAAGAAGAGAUGUCAAGCCCGACGAAGACAUGAGCAGCAAAAACCUAGUUAUGUUCAGAAAUGAGGGUUUCUAUGCCGACCCUUACCUCUAUCACGAGGGACGCAUGAGCAUAGCCUCGUCCCAUGGUGGCCACCCAUUGGAUGUCCCAGAUCAUGUCAUCGCGUAUCACCGCACUGCGAUCCGGUCAGCAAGUGCUUACUGUAACCCUUCCCUGCAAGCAGAAAUGCAUAUGGAGCAGUCGUUAUACAGACAGAAGUCAAGGAAAUACCCCGACAGCCAUUUGCCUACCUUGGGCUCCAAAACGCCCCCAGCCUCUCCGCACCGGGUGGGCGACCUGAGAAUGAUAGACAUGCACCCUCAUCUUAACGCACACGGGCCCCCUCAUACCCUGCAGCCAGACCGGGCCUCACCCAGUCGCCAGUCCUUCAAAAAGGAGCCCGGCACCCUGGUGUAUAUCGAAAAGCCACGGAACACUCCAGGAUUAUCCAGCCUUGUAGACCUGGGGCCUCCUCUAGUUGAGAAACAAGUUUUCGCUUACAGCACUGCUACGAUCCCCAAAGACAGAGAAACCAGAGAGAGGAUGCAAGCCAUGGAGAAGCAGAUUGCCAGUCUCACUGGCCUUGUUCAGUCUGCGCUUUUUAAAGGGCCCAUUACAAGUAGUAGCAAAGAGGCGUCUAGUGAGAAAAUGAUGAAAGCCACAGCCAACAGGAGCCAAACAGAUGGUGCAGGAACGGUCCAUGUUUCUGCUGGGAAGAGUCUGGGCACUUUGGAAUCCCCACUGCCCCCCAGCCAACCCCUGCCUGCCGGCGCGACCUCAUCCAUCCACAUGAGCCUGCUUGACAUGAGGCGGAACGUGGCUGAACUCAGGCUCCAGCUCCAGCAGAUGAGGCAGCUCCAGCUGCAGAACCAGGAGAUUCUGAGGGCGAUGAUGAAGAAGGCUGAGCUGGAAAUCAGUAGCAAAGUCAAGGAGACAAUGAAGAGACUGGAGGAUCCGGUACAGCGGCAGCGCACCCUGGUGGAGCAAGAGAGGCAGAAGUACCUUCAUGAAGAGGAGAGGAUUGGCAAGAAGUUACGUGAGCUGGAGGACUUUGUUGAGGACUUGAAGAAGGACUCUUCAUCCGCUGGCCGAGUGGUGACUCUGAAAGACGUGGAGGAUGGAGCGUUCCUCCUGCGACAAGUGGGAGAAGCUGUGGCCACUCUCAAAGGAGAGUUUCCAACCUUGCAAAAUAAGAUGCGUGCUGUCCUGCGCAUAGAAGUUGAGGCAGUAAGGUUCCUAAAGGAAGAACCACACAAGCUGGACAGCCUCCUGAAGCGAGUGAGGAGCAUGACGGAUGUCCUGACAAUGUUGCGGAGGCAUGUCACUGAUGGGCUCCUGAAAGGCACAGAUGCAGCCCAAGCUGCCCAGUAUGUCGCCAUGGAGAAGGCCACAGCUGCAGAAGUCCUGAAGCAUCAGGAGGAGACAGUCCAUGUGCCCGGGCAGCCCCUCCACAGCAGCCCGGGAGGUCCUGGUGAUGUGAAGUCAGAAGUGGUACCGCUGUCCACCAUGACGGUUCACCAUGUACAGAGCUCCCCUGUGGUCAUGCAGCCCUCUCAACACUCCUCAGCCUUGCUGAACCCAGCCCAGAACUUGCCCGGAGGGACUGGUUCCCAUACAGCCAGCCCCACAGCAGCCACACAGGAGAUAACCUCUGCACCGCAGUCGGCUCCAGCCCCCCAGUCCCCUCAAACCCCGGUGAACGGUUCCUCCAUGCAGAGUUUGUUCAUUGAGGAAAUCCACAGUGUGAGUGCCAAGAACAGGGCAGUGUCCAUUGAGAAAGCAGAAAGGAAAUGGGAAGAAAAAAGGCAAAAUCUGGAACACUAUAACGGGAAAGAGUUUGAGAAGCUGCUGGAAGAAGCUCAGGCCAACAUCAUGAAGUCAAUUCCAAACCUGGAGAUGCCGCCAGCUUCCGGCCCGGUGCCGAAAGCCGAAGCCUCGGUGGAUAAGCUGGAGCUGUCAGAAGAUUCUCCAAAUUCAGAGCAGGAGUUGGACAAGCUAGGGGGAAAGUCACCCCCUCCUCCACCCCCACCCCCUCGGAGAAGCUACCUUCCUGGGUCAGGACUCACCACCACAAGGUCUGGCGAUGUGGUCUACACCGGCAGAAAGGAGAGCAUGUCUAAGGUGAGCAGUGAAGACCCUGGGCCAACCCCACAGGCUAGAGCCACAAAAUGUCCCACAGAGGAGCCAGCCUCAGCCUGGGCCCCAUCCCCACCACCAGUCCCUCCCUCUUCCUCCAAGGAUGAGGAGGAAGAAGAAGAAGGAGACAAAAUCAUGGCAGAACUCCAGGCAUUCCAGAAGUGUUCCUUUAUGGAUGUAAAUCCAAACAGUCAUGCUGAGCAGUCCCGAGCUGACAGCCACCUUAAAGACACUAGGCCAGGCGCCACAGUCCCACCCAAGGAGAAGAAGAAUUUGGAAUUUUUCCAUGAAGAUGUACGAAAAUCUGGUGUUGAAUGUGAAAAUGGCCCCCAAGUGGAAUCUCAAAAGGUUACUGCAGGGGCUCUGAGACCUAGUGGCCCUCCCAAGUGGGAAAGAACAGUGGUGACUAGUGCUCCUGACACAUCACGAACACCUGAAUGUAGAGGUGACACCUUCAUGGAGGACAAUUCCACACCCAAUAAGAAUCUAUUCAGAGAUAGUAGAAAUUAUUCCCAGAAAAAUGUGCCUAAGGUCAAUUAUCAUUCUAUUGGCAUGAAUUCAUUGGAAGGUGAACUCAACCAAGGGCCUAAGGUCUCAGGACUACAGUGUGUUAUUCCUGACACCGACAAUCAGAAGUUGAAUCAUGGAAAGACAAGAGAGGCAGGCCGACAAGGACAGGAAAAUACAGAUAAGAGUCACAUUCCUCUCCCAUCUAGAUCAGCAGAAUUAAGUAUUCAUGAGACCAAAACACAAGAUCACGAUGUUCUCAUGACAGACCUUGGCCAAGUUGUCCUAAGAUCCAAGGUGGGUAGGCAUGCUAACGUGAACACUAUCGAGGAUGGGGAGUCAACUCCAAGUUCUCCCAGUGAGGAGCACACAGCCACUGAUAACAUCGCCUUCAUGAUCACCAAAAACGCUGUGCAGGUUCUGUCCAGUGGGGAGGUCCAUGACAUUGUGAGCCAAAAGGGACAAGAUGUACAGACAGUCAAUAUUGACGCGAGAAAAGAGACAACCUCUCAGCAAGAAGGGACGGAAGCUGAAGAGCCAGUCGUGUGUCUAGACAAGAAGCCAGUUAUCAUCAUUUUUGAUGAACCCAUGGACAUCCGAUCUGCGUAUAAGAGACUUUCAACCAUCUUUGAGGAAUGUGAUGAGGAACUGGAGAGGAUGAUGACAGAGGAAAAGAUCGAGGAGGAGGAAGAGGAGGAAGAUGGAGACGCUGGAGUCCAGCCUUCUUCCCAAACGUCUCAUAAGCAGGUUGACUCGGGAAGUGGUGGGAGGGGACAAACGGCAGAGACACAAUCACGACCCCACUCCCUUACAGCAGAGAGUCAAACCCCAGGAGAGCAGGAAGUUCAUAAAGCCGAGCAGAGGAAGUUUAGCUCCGAAGAUUCUCCAGACUCGGGAAACAAGUGUGACAUGGCCGAUGACCAGUUUGAAAGCCCCAAGAAAAAGUUCAAGUUCAAAUUCCCUAAAAAGCAGCUUGCUGCUCUUACUCAGGCAAUCCGCACAGGCACGAAAACGGGAAAGAAAACCCUGCAGGUGGUGGUCUACGAGGAAGAGGAAGAGGAUGGCACUUUGAAACAGCACAAAGAGGCCAAGCGGUUUGAAAUCACCAGGUCACAGCCUGAAGAUGCCCUGAAAACCAUGGCUAGGAGACAAGAACAGCCUAGUCUCGAAGGCACAUCUCCGACUUCAAGGACGGAUGAAAUUAGGAAAAAUACUUACAAAACGCUGGACAGCCUGGAGCAGACCAUAAGGCAACUUGAAAAUACAAUCAGUGAAAUGAGCCCCAGGGCCCUAGUUGAUACCCCGUGUUCUUCCAACAGAGAUUGUGGUGCAGGCUCGCCCCACAUAUCCCAAGAGGUCUCUCCCCGGUCCUUGCUAGUUCUGGAUGAAGUGCCCCCUGCCCCAGAGCCCCCCACGUCCAUAUCUUCAGCUUCACGUAAGGGCUCCAGCACCACCCCACAGACAAGUCGGAUGCCAGUCCCCAUGAGUUCUAAGAACAGACCUGGAAGCCUGGAUAAGCCCAGCAAACAAUCCAAACUGCAGGAUCCCCGCCAAUACCGUCAGGCUAAUGGAAGUGCUAAGAAAGCUGGUGGGGAUUGUAAGCCUCCUUCCCCCUCCUUUCCUGCUUCUAAGAUUCCAGCCCUUUCUCCCAGCUCGGGGAAAAGCACUUCUCUACCCUCAGCUAGUGGGGACAGCGCUAACCCCCCCAGUGCACCUGCUACUAAACCAUCGAUCGCUUCUACCCCUCUCAGCCCCCAAGCAGGACGGUCCACUCACUCCGCCUCCCUCAUCCCUUCUGUCUCUAAUGGCUCCUUAAAGUUUCAGAGCCCGCCUCAUGCAGGUAAAGGCCAUCACCUUUCGUUUGCACUGCAGACUCAAAAUGGCCGAGCUGCCCCUGCUUCCUCCUCCUCCUCUUCCCCUCCCUCCCCUGCCUCCCCCACCUCCCUGAAUCAAGGUGCCAGGGGCGUCAGGACCAUCCACACUCCUAGCCUCACCAGCUACAAAGCACAGAACGGAGGUUCAAGCAAAGCCACCCCAUCCACAGCAAAGGAAACUUCUUAAAGGCCAGAUCCUAUUAGGCACAAGAUGGAAUUGCAUUCUUGUUUUUAAUUUUUAGCAGUCUGGAACAACUGUUUUCACAAGAGAAUGUACCGUAUUGUUGUGCUGUUCAAGGCUUCAUGCAAAGUAUGUGCUAAAUACUGAGUUCAUAGAUUGCAGUAAAGCUUGUUUUUUCUACUCUGCCGCUAUUGUACUUACAUAGUGUUUACUGUCUAGACUCAAUACCUAUUAAAUGAAGAAAGCAUGUGCUAUUAAAAAAAAGAGAGAGAGAGUCUGGUGAGAGUGAAGAGAUGUGUGAGACAAGCUGUACUACGCAUGUAAAACAUGUAUGAUUCCAGAAUUUUAGUAUGUUUUGUAUAAAAAUAUUUUUCAUUACGGAGACUAGAGGUGAACAGAGAGAUACACAAGUGUGACUAUAUAAAUUGUAAAGCAUAUAUUAUGAUAUUUUCUUUUAUUUUAGUGUUAUUUAGCUUUAUUACAGAUUUCUAUUUUUGUCGAAACUUCAUGGUUCCUUUCAAGAUCUUUUUUGCCAAAACAUUUUUGAUACUACAGCAUUGUACAUUUGAAAGUAGCAUGCCAGACCCUAAGCCAGUGAGCUCCCACACAGCCCGUAGGAAGAAAGUCAGCAAACUCUUGCACUGCUCCAAAGUAUGUAUGAUAAUUUGCUAGCCCAAGCAAGUCUGUUUUCAUUUUCUUUGCUUUCUUUUUAUUUUCUUCUUCCUUUUUUCUUUAAAGAAAGAAAGAAAGAAUUAGUGUUCUGUAGCGAUUUUUGUUGCGGUGUCUCACCCCUUUUUACGUUUUCCUAGACCUGGUAACACACACACUGUUGCAUUGUGGAUUUUAAAACAUACACUUCUGUACGGUUCUGUACACUGAGGAACUUUUGUAAAUAUAUAAAUAUAAAUAGACAUCAAAAUACUGUGUGUGAUAGCACAUAGAGUAGUUUCCCCACACCAAAGUUCAUUUUUAUGCAUGCUUUAACAGUCUCUCUGUCGGGAUGGGCAGAAAUGGGACCACCCAGGCCUUUUUAAAAAGCUCCACGUGUGCACAGCUCGAGUGGUUUUGUAAAUAACUGUAUUUGUAUAACACAGCCAUGUAACAUACAGAACUGUAAGCAGAGACCUUGCAAACUAAAUAAAGGGCUGCAUGCUUAUUAUUU